CGUGCUGUGGACGCAGCCAUCUUGGCAGGAGAACUAGCAGACACGCAUCCUUCGUCCCGUCCACUCCGCAUUUAGACCAAUUGCAAAGCAGUGUCCUGCUCUGGAUGAGCCACUCAGACCCUGGAAUAGGAACGCUGCAGGCGCGGAAUGUCCUGGUCCCACCUUCUCCGUGGCCUCAACACGUCCUUAAGUUAUGGAUGGUUGCACGGUGGGUUUUGGUGGAGCUCGGGGUGCAAAAGCAAGAUAUGAGAAGUGGUUGCAUUGAGGGCUACUUAGCAUCGGGUAUAGCCAUGGUCCCCCAGCUCUGGGCCAUCCGCCCCAUGGCCACCCUGAACCAGAUGCACCGCCGGGGCCCUCCAAAGUGGCCACCUACAAAACUGGGUCCCACAGAAGGCCGGCCACAGCUGAAGGGUGUAGUUCUGCGCACAUUCAUUCGUAAACCCAAAAAGCCCAACUCGGCCAACCGCAAGUGCUGCCGCGUGCGCCUCAGCACAGGCCGGGAGGCUGUCUGCUUCAUCCCGGGAGAGGGCCACACCCUACAGGAGCAUCACAUCGUGCUGGUGCAGGGCGGCCGGACCCAAGACCUUCCUGGCGUCAAGCUCAAGGUUGUGCGUGGCAAGUAUGACUGUGGCCAUGUGCAGAAGAAGAAGUGACCACCAGGUGCAUGGUUGUGCCGGGAUUCAUGCAGAAUAAGAAGAACCUUUGUCUCUGGGUUCCUACAAUAUCUUCGGGAAGCUAGGCCAGCUCUAGAAGCAGCCUGUCCUGGUUCAAAUCCUGGCUUUGCCUCUUUCAUUUCCCUCUUCCAUCAGGACUACCAAUAAUAGCCCAUGGAGGUCCUGGGUGUGAAUUAGAAAAAGGUGCCCCUCUGCCAACACCCUGGGUGUCCACAUAUAGAGUGUUGGUCAGGAGACUGCAUCUGCUGGGCCAGUACACUGUACUGCCACCUCACGGGAAGGGUUUGCAAUAAAUACACAGACCCUGUGGUUGUGAUGUGUACCA